UCUAUUUAUAGAAGACAUUUGAAGUUAGUAUUUGGAAGUGACACAACAAAAUGAUACCCUUUCUACUCUUAGUAUCUCUUGCUAUCAUUCUCUUUUUUCUUCUUCCCAAAGCCAAAAUAAGUAGAAAUAUUAUUCUACCACCAGGUCCUUUAGGUUUACCAUAUAUUGGAAAUUUGCAUCAAUAUGAUAGUAUAACCCCUCAUAUCUAUUUUUGGAAACUUUCCGAAAAAUAUGGAAAAAUCUUCUCAUUAAAACAUGCUUCUACUAAUGUGGUAGUAGUUUCUUCAGCAAAAUUAGCAAAAGAGGUAACAAAAACACAAGAUUUAGCAUUUUGUAGUAGACCUUCUAUUUUAUGCCAACAAAAAUUAUCUUAUAAUAGUCAUGAUAUUGCACUUGCACCUUAUAGUGAUUAUUGGAGAGAAAUGAGAAAGAUAUGUAUUGUUCAUCUAUUUAGUAGCAAAAAAGUUCAUUCUUUUAGUCCGAUUCGCGAAGAUGAAGUUUCAAGAAUGAUUAAAAAAAUAUCAAAACAAGCUAAAAAUUCACAAAUUACCAAUUUGAGUAGUAUUUUGGUUUCAAUAACUAGUACAAUUAUUUGUAGAGUUGCUUUUGGUAUUAGAUAUGAUGAAGAAGCACAAGAAAGGAGGAAAUUUGAUGAACUUUUGACAGAGACACAAGCAUUGUUGGCAGGGUUUUUUUUCUCUGAUUAUUUUCCUUUUUUAUUUUGGUUUGAUAAAAUUUCUGGAAAAAUAAGUAGACUUGAGAAAAAUUUCAAAGAGUUGGAUGAGUUUUAUGAAGGACUUAUUGAGCAACAUCUCAAUCCCAAUAGGCCAAAAUCAAUGGAAGGAGAUAUUCUUGAUCUUUUGCUCCAAUUAAAGAAAGAGAAUUCAACUCCAAUCAACAUCACUUUGGACAAUAUAAAGGCAAUUCUCAUGAAUAUAUUUGUUGCUGGAACAGACACUGUCGCGAUAUCAUUAGUUUGGACAAUGACAGCCUUGAUAAUGAACCCGAAAGCCAUGACGAAAGUCCAAGAAGAAAUAAGAAAAUCAGUUGGAAAGAAAGGAAUGGUAAAUGAAGAUGAUAUACAAAAUUUCCACUAUCUUAAAGCAGUGAUAAAGGAGACAUUUAGAUUAUAUCCUCCAGCUCCAACUCUUGUGGCAAGAGAAACAAUUCAAAAUUCCAUACUAGAAGGGUAUAAAAUUCCACCAAAGACUAUUAUUUACGUUAAUUAUUGGGCUAUCGCGAGGGAUCCUGAAUACUGGGAAAAUCCAGAAGAAUUUAUACCCGAGAGAUUCUUGAAUAGCAAUAUCGAUUACAAGGGCCAAGAUUUUGAGUUUAUUCCAUUUGGAGCGGGUAGGAGAGGUUGCCCAGGUAUUGCACUUGGUGUUGCAACUGUGGAGCUUAUACUUUCAAAUCUUCUUUAUGCAUUUGAUUGGGAAUUGCCAUGUGAGAUGAAGAAAGAAGACAUUGACACUGAUGUUUUGCCUGGAGUAACUAUGCACAAGAAAAAUGCCCUUUGCCUUGUCCCUAAAAAUUAUCUGUAGACCUUAGUCAUAUAUGAGUUUUUGCACUUUCUUUCUGUUUAAGGUUGUGAAAUUAGGGCGAAAAUAAAAGAAACACCUUUAAUUCUAAACUGUAAAUGGUGUAUUUUAUGAUGGACAAUGAGGAACUAGCAGCGGCGUGCGGAUUGCACCCGCACGCCGUGCUGCUACGUGCUUUCCUA